GUUCGUGCUUCCGUCCUCGCCGCCACUGCCGGCCUUCUCACCACCGUCUCCGGCCAUGCCGUCAUCCGCGGCGUCUUCGUCAACGGCCAGGACCAGGGCGAUGGCCAAAACGUCUACAUCCGCUCGCCUCCCAACAACAGCCCAGUCAAGGUUCUCGACACGCCCGCCAUUGCCUGCAACGUCAAUGGCGCCAAGGUCGCUCCCAGCUUCGUCAGCGCGGCUGCCGGAGAUUCCAUCUCCACCGAGUGGAUGCACAACACCCGUGGCGACGACAUCAUUGAUGGCAGCCACAAGGGUCCCGUCAUCACCUACAUUGCCAAGUUCACCAGUGGCGAUGGCACAGGUCCCAUCUGGUCCAAGAUUGACGAGAGUGGCCUCGCCGCCGAUGGCAAGACCUGGGCCGUCGACACCUUGAUCAAGAACAAGGGCAAGUACGACUUCAAGAUCCCGGCCACGCUCGCCGCCGGCAAGUACCUGAUCCGCCAGGAGAUCAUCGCCCACCACGAGUCUGACUCUCCCCCAACCGCCAACGGCCGUGGCGCCCAGUUCUACCCGAGCUGUAUCCAGUUCGACAUUACCGGCGCUGGCUCUGCCGUUCCUGACCAGAACUUUGACUUCAACACUGGCUACACCUCUGCCGACCCCGGCAUCGUCUUCAACCUGUAUGGCGGCGCCACGACCUACUCAAUCCCCGGCCCCAAGGUCUGGACUGCUGCUGCUGGCGGUGGUAACGGCGCCCCGGCUCCCGCGCCAACUGCCACUGCUGCCCCCACCCAGGCGCCUGUCCCUACCACCAUGGCCACGGCCACUCGCCCAGCCGCUACCGCUACCCCGGCUCCUGCUCCUGCUCCUGCUCCUGCUCCC